UAUUCAGGGGUAACCAUGAUACACUCCGAGCCACAUUUCGGUUUCAGGUUUAACGUGUCGUUAACGGCAGAUACAGAGCGAUUAACUACCAUACGGCGAGUCAGCAUAGCUGUUAAUGUUCAAACUCACCGGCUGUCAAAAAAACUGUAUGGAGGGAGUUGAUCUCGCGGCGGUUACAGUGCGGGAAAUUAACGUUAACUCAACCGCCCCUUGCUCAACGGAUUUUACAACGGCUGUUUUUUGGCUGCUUCUUACCCACAGUCAUGUGAUUGUAACGUAAAACCCCUAACCGGAAAACAACGACGGACGACCCUCUCCGCCGCCGACAACGAAUGCUGCGUUUGCAAGGAACAGUACAAGCUGCUGCGAGCCCAGAGAGGACGAACGAGUCCCCGGUAACAAACAAACAACGGCGACACGGCAAACCCCACGGAUUUAAACGGCUUGCAGGUUGAAGAAUGGAGUUGGCCAACCAUGGUCUUAUCCUGCUGCAGCAGCUUAACGCUCAGAGGGAGUUUGGCUUCCUGUGCGACUGCACUGUGGCCAUAGGAGAUGUCUUCUUCAAAGCCCACAAAGCUGUCCUUGCUGCCUUCUCCAACUACUUCAGAAUGCUCUUCAUUCAUCAGGACAGUGACUGUGUGCGCCUGAAGGCUUCUGACAUACAGCCAGAUAUUUUCAGCUACCUCCUCAACCUGAUGUACACAGGCAAGCUUGCACCCCAGUUAAUAGACCCUGCACGGCUGGAGCAAGGGGUCAGAUUCCUGCAUGCCUAUCCACUCUUGCAGGAGGCCAGCCAGUCUGUGUAUUCACACCCUGAGCAGCACAGCAUCAACCUUUCCACUUCCCUUUACGGCAUCCAGAUCUCUGACCAACAGGUAGGGCUGUCAGCUAGAUUGUCCACCCGAAGGCAGCUCUCCUCACCUUUUGACAUGGAGCAGCAAAGCUCAGAGGGGAAGUAUCCGUCCACGGCAGCUGCCACAGCUUCAUACGCAAAUUCCUUACUAUCCAAGCUAACGUCCUCACCCCCAGACAUGGAGGCCUCCACCAGCGGCACAAAGCCUACAGUUGAGGAGGGGGGAAUGGACUUGCUAAGUGCAGAUGGUUCCUCAGCCAGUGCCAUCCUCCAUGUAAAACCCAGCAUCAUGAAGAGGAACUCCUCCUUUAGGAAGCAUUACUCCUGUCAUCUGUGCAGGAGUCGAUUCACCCAGAGAAGCCUGCUUAGAGAGCAUCUCCUCCAACACACCCAUGCUCUACAGCAGGCGCCAGCUGAGCCCAGCAGUGCACUCUCACCUGUCAUGACUAGAGAACACAGGAUGCUAGAGUUAGAGGGGGUCCUGAAGGGAUUCAAGGCAGGGUCAAGUGCCUUGGCUGCCACUACUGCAGUAGAGAUAAUUAGUGACAGCGAGCAAACGCCUGUUUCAGGUACCAAUUCGGACUCUCCCCGAGCAGAGGUGUCCACAUCCAGCUGGGGGGUGGGAGGAUUACAUUCUCAGGCAGACACGCCACCUCCGUCAGACAUUGCGGACAUCGACAACCUGGAGAGUGCCGACUUGGACCGGGAAGUUAAGCGGCGGAAGUACGAGUGCUCCACCUGUGGCCGCAAGUUUAUUCAAAAGAGCCACUGGCGUGAACACAUGUACAUCCACACAGGCAAGCCCUUCAAAUGCAGUGCGUGUGGCAAGAGCUUUUGCCGGGCAAACCAAGCAGCCCGCCAUGUGUGCCUGAACCAGGGGGCCGACACCUACACCAUGGUGGACCGACAGAGCAUGGAACUGUGCGCUGCAGGCGACGACAGCAGCCAGAUGGAGGCAAUGUUCUUGGGCUCAUCAAAGCCUUACAAGUGUAACAUUUGUGCGACCACCUUCUCAAGUCCCAAUGAGGUGAUCAAACACUUGUGUUUUACUCAAGGGGGAUUAGUGGGGCUGCAGGGAAACACGGGCGCAGGGAUGCUGCUCCAGCCUGAAGAAUUCUCCAAAGAUGAAGGCUCUGAUUUGUCCAACUCCGGCACCCCACUGGAACCCAUUAAGACUGAGGAAAUCCUCGUAGAGUAGUGCCAAAACUGUGUAUUUGUCCUUUUUAACAUGUACGUUUGCUUUCUAAAUUAUGGUUAAUAGGUAAGCUAAAGGUGAAGUUCAUCAGGUUAUGUAUGUUUGAGGUUCCCAGUAUACUAAAACUGUUUUUUGGAGGGGGGGGGGGGGGGGGGGGGGGGGGUUGGAACAGUAUUUUGGACUUUUUUGGCCCUUAGUAUGAAAAAAGUAAAAUAUAUAGUAAAGUAAAUCACCUAUAGCUCUCUGAAAUUCAGUCCAACAUCAUAAGAAAAGCAAAUAACAUUAGAUUCAAGCUGAAUACCAAUGAGGGAGGUAAAGUAACUAUUAUCUUGUUUCAUCUCAUUUUAUUGUUGGUGUACAUUGGUAUUAGACUCAGAUGUCAGACUGUACCACGUUGUUUUUUCUUAACAGAUAAAGUUGUGGUAAGGCAGCACAGGCAUACUUUGAGUAUAAGAGGAAAAGGAAGCAGAGACAGUUCCGGAGGACACAGCAUGUUGUGAGAUGACUUUGCUGUGCUAGAUUUGAGGAGGAGAAAGAGUUGCAAACUACUAACAGUCCCUCUGGAGCUGCACAGAAGAGUUGUUUUUUCAUGGUCAUAAAUGAGAGGCUGAGUCAGCAGAUCAGGUAUAAAUUAUAAUACACAAUAUACACACAAAUAUAUUCAGCCCUGAGACAAUCUGUACUCAUUUUCUAUUCAUCUAUUCAGCCCGAAAGUACAUUUGUCUUCCAUUCAUGUUCUGGUUGGUGUUUUGGCUCGGCAGAAUAAGUAACUUGAAAUGUAAAGUAAUGACCAAUAUUUAGUUGUGUUACUCUGUGUUUUGUUGACUGUGCUAAAUGUGUUUAUAGUUCCUAUGUCAUUACACCUAAUUAAAGCACAAUUGCUCCUCAUAGUAAGAGUUCGGCCACUGAAAAUUGGUCACAACAAGCAAGAGUGUUCAUUGUGUUUACAGUUGAGCCACUUUUCUUUUUUUACUUUCUCAUUUUUACUUGUGUUGUCUAACUCUUUGGUGACUGAUUAAAAAAGCAAAAUCACAUUUCAUGUUACAUUCAGAAAGACAUACCUUAAUGGGAGACUGACCUGGACAACAUUGUCUUUAUAUAAUGCUCCAAUCUACUUUUUAAAGCCCUUCGUUUUUAUUUGACAUGCUUUUUAAAUUUUAUAUACAAUGCUAUAUUUACAAAGAUUACUUUAUAUUGCAAAUGUGUAUGUAUAUUAGUAGACAAAUACUUUUCAAAAUAAAAUUACAUUUGGUUAAGCAAAAGUAUGUAUUAGGGAUGGGCAUAAAACAUGUAUCUUUAAUUUCUUCAAGAAAUAGGUUAGAAUUAAAAAAUGUGAUUUGGGAUUUUGAGUCUAUUCCCCUUGCCAAAUUUGUGCUAAUUGCUAGCCUUCUCAUUCCAUUUUGGAAAAAAGAGCAUUUUAAAAUAUGCAGGUGAACACAUUGAGAUGUAUAUGAUGCAGAGGUAGUUUGAAUAGUAGUAUGAAUGUUUUACCUGUCAGUGUGGAGAUCAUAUGAACUCAGGCAGGUUUGGGGGCGUGACACAUGGCGAGUUAGCUUUAAUAAGAAAUAUGAAAUGCCAGGAUGAUAUAUCUAUAUACUUGACUGUCUGGGUGCAAAUGUGUUAAGGGAAUAUAAAAUAUGCUAUUAUAACUGACAACAACAUACAUAGUUUGUGGUAAGAGAAACACUUUCUAUGAACUACUGAUAACUAGAAAUUGUAAAAAAUAAAACUUUACAUGCAUGUCGACUUAAUGUGAAGCAGUUAUAUAAUUUGUCAGGCUGAAACAUGUGAAACAUCUGUUACAAGUGUAACAGAAGCACAGGCAGCAUAUCACAGGUUGUCAAGGAACAAAAUUCUUGAUUAGGCCCUUUAAAGUUUGUGCACAUUUAAAAAUCAGUGAGCAUCACUGUCUUGAGUUGCUAUUUUUUUAUUGUUGCAAAAAACAAAAAUGAUUAGUCGGACAUUUGUCUUCCAAAUUUCUCCCUGACAGCAGUGAUAGAGACUAAUAAUAUAAUUUGCAAUAUUAUUUUAAAGCAGAGUUGUUAACUAAGACACACAGAAGCGCAUUCAUGUGUACUGUAGAAAGUAUUUUAAAUGUAGUUUUUGUUGGAUUUAUUGACUUGGUUCCAUCUUUUAAUCCUUUUUUUUUUUGUGAAAAUAUAAAAAAUGCCCAUCCUUAGUAUGUUUAUUAUAUGUGUAGUUGUUUUUUUUCUUCUUCUUUGAGUCAAUUUGACCCAGCCAAUUACAGAUUUAUGAAAGUAAAGAUGAGGCCCAGCACCAAUUUGGUUUAAGUGGGAUUUUUGUACUGUAAAUCCUCCUAAAUUUGUAUUAAAUAUUGAAAAGCAGCUGUUGCUUUGAUGCAAUGAGCCUAGUGUUUAGCUAGAGGGAGCUGUUUUCUUAUUUGUCUACUCAGGUCGAGUGAGGGGGAAGGCUGUCAAAUUUGAAGUACUAUCUUUAUUAGUGUUUUUUCUUAUGCAGUUGCCAAUUAUACAUGACCAUAUUGACAUUUUCCAUAAAGAAAUAUUCCAUCACAUAAAUACACCCACAAGUGUUUUUGCCAAGGGAAAGAAUUUGUGUUUGUGUCUUGAUUUCAAGCUGGUUUUGUUGAGGCAACUGAAACGCUGUACUACUGACAUUCAUUUCUUUGAGCUCAAUUGAUACACAGAAAUACGCACAGUACAUGCACAAAAGUCCAAAUCCUUCCUCAGCUGAAGUUGUAAUCGUUGGCAUGCCACAUCAGUCUUGUAGCUUAAUGGUUUGUGUGUGUGUGUGUGUGUGUUUAAACAUCUCAGGAUGAUGAGAAGUUUGACGUCUUUUGUCUUUUCUGUCCACUGUUUAUCAAAAGCAAAAAUUUAAUUUCAAACUAAUGAUCUUACUCCCCAGUGCCCAUCUGACAUCUACUGUGAUCAAUCUGUGUUCUCAGGAAUGUGAGUAAGUUUCUGUAUACACAACUUUGUUCUUUUCAAUGAAGAAUGAACAAUAAAAACAUGUCUUUUUAUA